AUGAAGCGAAAGGACAUCUGGAAAGAGCUCAACUUGCCGCCACCUCCCAAGAAGCCUUCGAAAACGGCUGCAUCAGCCAGGCCGGCGCGCCAAGAGGCAGCGCAGCAAGAGCUUCGAUCAAGCUGCGUUAGGACGCUAUUUUCGGCUCUGUCCACACCAUCUCCGGAUGGAGGCCAGCAGCAGCCUUCUGUCGACGAGGCCGACUUGGGGGACGCAGCAGUCGAACCCCUGGCUCAAGCCAUAGAGCGGGAGCUCUUCUUCCGCCACCACCACCAGCGGCAGCAGCAGCAGCAGCAGUCAGUGACCGACCAGGAGUACAAGGCAGCCGCAAGGACGCUAGUAGCAAGCCUAAAGCGCAAUGCGGACCUGCGGCGGCGGGUUCUCAGCGGUCAGGUACGGCCUGACGAGCUGGUGGGCAUGGGCGUACGACAACUAGCCACACCGCAGCAGCAGGAGGAGUACGCCAGGCUGCAGGAGCGGGAGACUCGCCGUGUGACCCUGGCGGGGCACGGAUCCGCAGCCUCCAUAUCCACUAGUGACUACGUCUGCGGGCGGUGCGGCGGCCGCAGCUGCGACUACCUGGACAGCGGCCGGCGGGACAUCGGCAAGUGCGAGACCUGGGGCAGCAAGGACGGCCCGGGGAGCAGUCGCUUGGUGACGUGUCUAGGAUGCGGACACCGAUGGGAAACAGAUGAUGUAUGA